AAACAAAACAUCAAAAUCAAACAUGUCUCGAUUCUACCCACAUGCUCCUUAUGCAGAGGAUCAACCUCUUGCACGUACUAUCCUCACAACUCAUGUCAUAGUGAGAGCAAUCACACUAAACACCAUUAUCGCUACCGGUAUUACAACAACACGCCAAGUCAUUCCAUUCUUCCGCCCAAAAUCACCUGAUGCUCUCACUUUCUUCCCUCGUCUCAUCCGCUCAGCAUCAACAGGCACAGUCGCGGCUUUGGGCGUGGGCGCUCUCAUGACAUAUGGCCGCAUGCGCGGUAGAGAAGAGAUUGAGUGGCAGGAUCGAAGUUGGAGGUUACUAGAGAAUCCUGGACAGGUCGAGACUGAUGACUGGACUGCCGUGGGCGCUGGAGCUGGAGCUUUGAUAGGGGCUAAUGCGGUGAAGGGAUUGGGGAUGGGAUGGAGAGGUGCUGUUGGAGGAUUGGGAUUGGGGACUGUAGGAGGAAUGUUGGGAUAUAUGGCUUGGAGGUAUGGUGUCAAUGGGGGCAAGUUUUCAAAGAAGGGGGAUGCUUUGUAGAGAAGGCAAUUAUUUGUAUAGUGUGAGUUAUCAUUACAUUCCUUCCCUUCUCCUCUGUAUAAGAAUCCUAUCUACAACUUUG